ACCACGUUGGGUUGAGAGGUCGCGGCGCGGUUGAUGCUCGUUUCUGGCCGUCAAUCAAAAAAAGGGAGCGAGCGACGCAAGGAGAGAAAAAAAAUAAAAAAUCAAAUCUCCUUGUAGGAGGAUGUGAUAAUUAUUAAUAAAUUGACAGAGAGCAACAGCGACAUAUUUGAAGGGAAGCCCUGGUUUAUCUCUCGCGAUUCUAAUCGUUUUGAUUGAUGUAAGCGGCGGUUAGCGAGCAGCGCGAGGCACAAUUGUUUGAAUUUUUGAAUCGUGGUUGCCGUUGUCCCCCCUUCCCCUUCCCCUCACCCCUUUACCUCUGCUGGGACUCGCCUUCAGCUUCCUUUUUAUUAUUUCCCCUCUUUUGCUCCCUCUUGUUUUUCCCCCCCCCAACCCCCUCCCCCUGCCUCCCCUCUCCUCCGCCCCACCACCCUCCUCCUCCUCCUCCUCCUCCAGUCCACCUUCUCUCUUCCCCCCCCCCACCCCCCCCCCCCCCCCCCCCCCCCCACCCCCUUCCCGGCUCCACCAUGUCCAUCUUGCCGUUCACGCCGCCCAUCGUCAAGCGUUUGCUGGGCUGGAAGAAAGGAGGCGAGUCGCAGUCGCCCUCCUCUCAGUCGCCGAACCAGCAGCAGCAACAGAACAACGGGCAGGACGACAAGUGGUGCGAGAAAGCCGUCAAGAGCCUGGUGAAGAAGCUGAAGAAAACCGGGCAGCUGGACGAGCUGGAGAAGGCCAUCACCACUCAGAGCUGCAACACCAAGUGUGUCACCAUCCCCAGCACAUGCUCUGAAAUUUGGGGACUGAGUACACCUGGUACAGUAGAUCAGUGGGAUACAACAGGCCUUUACAGCUUUCCUGAGCAAACCAGAUCACUUGAUGGCCGGCUGCAAGUUUCACAUCGUAAAGGAUUGCCUCAUGUUAUUUACUGUCGCUUGUGGCGCUGGCCUGAUCUUCAUAGUCACCAUGAGCUACGAGCAAUUGAAACUUGUGAAUAUGCUUUCAAUCUUAAGAAGGAUGAAGUGUGCGUUAACCCAUACCACUAUCAGAGGGUGGAAACGCCAGUUUUGCCUCCUGUACUGGUGCCACGACACACUGAAAUUCCAGCAGAAUUGCCCCCACUUGAUGACUACACUCAUUCCAUCCCUGAAAACACUAAUUUUCCAUCUGGAAUAGAACCACAGAGCAACUAUAUCCCAGAAACACCACCCCCAGGCUACAUCAGUGAAGAUGGAGAGACCAGUGAUCAACAAAUGAACCAAAGUAUGGAUACAGGGUCUCCUGCAGAAAUGUCGCCAAGUACCUUAUCACCAGUUAACCACAGCUUGGAUCUACAACCUGUGACCUAUUCAGAGCCAGCAUUUUGGUGUUCGAUAGCAUACUAUGAGUUAAACCAGAGAGUUGGUGAAACCUUUCAUGCAUCACAGCCUUCCUUAACUGUGGAUGGAUUUACAGACCCAUCAAACUCGGAAAGAUUUUGUCUGGGUUUGCUAUCUAAUGUCAACAGAAACGCAACAGUUGAGAUGACACGACGACACAUUGGAAGAGGAGUGAGGUUGUAUUACAUUGGUGGGGAGGUUUUUGCUGAGUGCCUGAGUGAUAGUGCCAUCUUCGUUCAAAGUCCCAAUUGUAAUCAAAGAUAUGGCUGGCAUCCUGCAACAGUGUGUAAGAUUCCACCAGGGUGUAACCUGAAAAUAUUCAAUAACCAGGAAUUUGCAGCACUUCUGGCUCAGUCUGUAAACCAAGGCUUUGAAGCAGUUUACCAGUUAACCAGAAUGUGCACAAUUAGGAUGAGUUUUGUGAAAGGCUGGGGUGCUGAAUAUAGGCGGCAGACUGUGACGAGCACUCCUUGUUGGAUUGAACUCCACCUGAAUGGUCCCUUGCAGUGGCUUGACAAAGUUUUGACCCAGAUGGGAUCUCCCUCUGUCCGUUGCUCAAGCAUGUCCUAAAUGUCCACACACCUAUUUCAGUAUCAAAACUGGACUUAAAAUACAAGUCCAGUCAACAGACUUGAACAGCUUUUCUGUUGCAGUACUUGUGUGUUAUCCCAGCUGUGGUUCAGUGAGUUUGUCAAUGACAGUAAAAAGUGUCAAAAUACUAUAACAGACAACAUGCACAAGAACAGCUACAAUCUUUGCUCUGUACUGGAAAUAUUCUGAACAGUAUCAUCAAUACUACAAUGGCUCUACAUGUAUUCUGAGGCAAACUAAAUGUAAUAAUAAGCAGCUAAAAUAGAUCAAGAUUCUUGUUUAUACAUUAUUUUGAACAAACAUUUCACUGCAUACUAACUCUAACCAGCAAAGAUUAAAUAAAACUGCACCAAGUUGUUCAAUCUAAAAUCCAAUUCUCCAACUAUUUGAUAAUAUACUAAAAGAUAUCCAAAUUUUCAAUCCAGCAAAGUUCAGUUUUCCAGUUUUAAUUGAGCAACAUGAAGGAGCAACUUGCACCAACUCUGCACCGUCAGUUGAAAGAUAAAGAUCCCUACUCAUUUCUCUUUGAAAAUCUAUCCCUGAAAAUGCCAAUUUUACUUACAGUACUUUCAGUCACGAGUUCAAAUUAAUUCUAAGUUGCAUUGUCAUACCCAGGUUUUCCAGGAGCAAAAAACACAAAUUGCCAAUGAUAUUUCUCCCAAAAUUAAAAUAAAAUCCAAUACCAUGAUGAAAACUAAAUUCAUGCUUCCUAUUUGCAACUUCUGUUCAGCUGCUCUUUUGAAAUUCAUCAUUAUCCAAAUGAUUAUGACUUGCUUUUUGCAAUUUGUGCUAACUAAAUUAUCUGAUAUAUUUUAAUCCUUUGCAUAAAUGUAAGGAGAGGCAAGAACAAAUUAAUUUGACAAUGAUUAAAUGUUAUUCUAAAAUAUAUAGCAAGGGGGUGUGGAUCAAUGUAGCUGAACUACUAUACGUGUUAUUAAUGAACCUCAGGCACUCUUGAUACCUGAUGUGUAUUCUAUAUAAUACAAUGUCUUUAUACACAACAUUCCCUUCCACCCUCAGUCAUAGGCUAUAUUCAGGUGUUUAAUACACUAAUACAUUUAUAUCAUAAUUUGGGUGAGGGAUAAUAAAACUUAACUAGGUUCUUAGUUGAUGAGAUCAAGUGCCAUUGUUUUUGACUUUUUGUGUUCAUUGAUAACAACAUUUUCAGGGAUAGAUUUUCUUGUUCCUCUCUUAACCAACAGCAAUAUUGAUGAUACUGUUCAGAAUAUUUCCAGUACAGAGCAAAGAUUGUAGCUGUUCUUGUGCAUGUUGUCUGUUAUAGUAUUUUGACACUUUUUUACUGUAAUUGAGAAACUCACUGAACCACAGCUUGUGAAUUUUUUUUGUGCGGCUGUGUCACUUUAGGCAAACUGUAAUUCUUAGAACAAAGGGAGGAUCUGUAUUUGGUAAGGUUUACAAUAUUUAAAUAGACAGCUGUUAUAAUGCUUUAAUUGGUGAACCUCUUGUAUGUAACUGAGAUUCUUUCCAUCACUGUUGCCUGUGGCUGCUAAUUGUGAAAUUUGAUGUUGUCCUGCAGCUAUGUUCAUUUUCCAGGACUGAAAAUUUGUGAAACUGGAUAGUUACUGAUCCAGCAACAGAAUUUUAACAGAGCAGUUUGUUUCUGGAGUUACCAGGAUUGAUGUAUAGGGCUUGUUUCUGAAAAUAGCAGUGCCUCGGGUGUUGUGAAUACUUAUAAAAUUUCUAUCAGCUAUGUAUAUUGCUCACAAUAUAGAUUUGGUAAUCUGAAGGUUUUUCGUAUUCAUGGAUUAUGUCAAUCACUGCUCUUCUCUUUUGAAUGUCAUCUCUAGUUCAGAUAAUCAGUACAUACAAGAAGGCUUUGCCACUUCAGUUAAAGUUUAAUUUAGUGACAUAAUGAUAAGGGAGGACAAGCCUAUACAUAAUGUUUUUAAAACCAAUUUUAAUUGAGUAUUAAGCUGCAAGGGUAAAACUGUCUUUAGCUAUUUUGUCAUCGGGGUAAGCUGUUAAAGGUAAUGAGUGUUAGCUGUGAAAUGCACAGUGCCCUUCAUUACUCUAAAUAUUAGGAUGAAUUUUUAGUACUUCCAGAACAUUGGAUCAAGUAAGAUAUUACUUUAUUUGGUCCAAUGAAAGCUAAACAAAAAAAAGUCCAAAAAAGCAUUGAAUUUCUUCUUCACAACAGUUAAAUAUUCUGAAUUUAAGGUAAUCUUGCAUAUGAAUCAAGUGUCUUAAUUAUUUUUUUUUAAAAAAGCUCUAUAUGCAAAAAUGACUUUGAAGCAGUGUUUUAAGUUGAGUUUUGAUUUGCAUUUGAGAUUAAUCCACAAAAUGGCACAUCUUGCAUUUGCUGCUUCAAAAUCAGCCUUGUAGCUUCAGAACAAUAUCAGGAUAAUUACUGUACAUGUUGUUCAUGUUCCUCAAACACUACAAACUUGUGUACCCCAGAAUGGUUAGAGAAUACACAUUUUAAUGUGUUCUAAUUGGAGGGUUUUUUUUGAGGGGCAGUGUAACUUGUAAUAUAGACACCAAAUGUACAACUUACUAAUGAUUCUGUGAUCCAACUCUGUCAUAAUUUCCUUUUUUCUGUGGCAGUAGCAGAUUUUAAAUUUAUUUUACAUUUUUAUUUCCUCUAUAUUACACUAGUGCUGUACUUUGUAAGUGCAGCUAGUGAUAGCUUUUUUGAGAACAAAGAUGGCCAGUGUUAAUGCUUCAAAUCGGUGGAGGCUGUGGCUGCCUGCAGGGCAUUGAAAAAGGUUACGUUUGCCACAGAGAAUUGGAAAUGGAAGGAAGCAGCAAAUAGAAAUUGGGCCAACUUUCUAAAGAAAAAUUAGAGUAUUUACCAUUCUAUUUGUGAGCUUGUUUUACCAGUAGAAUUCUGUAUUGGUAGAACUUGUGAAUUUGAAAGGAAAAGGAGCUUCCAGCUUGUUGCAUAUGCGGACUAAGUGAAUACACUAAUAAACAUUUAAUUCUGAUGCUCUUAAUAUUUUUUUCUUAUGUUGAGUGUAGUGAAUUACUUCAAUGAUAGCUGAAGAAAGGUUGUUCAAUCUCAUACCUCUCCAUGU